CAGCAGCUAUUUCUCAUAAUCGACAUUGGUGGCAGCACUUAUCAAAAUGUGUAUGUGUACCAUAGAGACUACAUGCAUUUUACUCACAUAAUGGCGAAAAAGUCAUUGAAAAGGAAAAGAAAAGAAGCUGAACAAAACGAAAAGGAAGUUAAAGAAGUUGAAUUGCCUCCACCUACAAGAUUCUCUGAUGAACCUAUUCCCAAAAAGACAAAAUGGAUAAACAGACAAAGAGUGCUGGUGUUUGCAUCAAGAGGUAUAAAUCACAGAGAUCGUCAUCUUAUGGAUGACAUCAAAACAUUAAUGCCACAUCACAGGCCCGAGUCAAAAAUGGAGCGUUCAAAGAAUCUCCAAGUUGUUAAUGAAAUUUGUGAAAUGAAAAACUGCAAUAAAGCUAUCCUUUUUGAAGGCAGAAGAAAGAGGGACUUAUAUAUGUGGCUGUCAAAUAUUCCUAAUGGACCUUGUGCUAAGUUUCUUGUACAAAACAUUUAUACAAUGGGAGAGCUGAAAAUGACAGGGAAUUGUUUAAAAGGUUCCCGUCCAUUACUUUCAUUUGAUGAAAACUUUAAUUCCAGACCACAUUUUGCUCUAUUAAAAGAACUACUCUCUCAAAUUUUCGGAGUACCAAAUCAUCAUCCAAAAAGUCAACCAUUUUUUGACCAUGUGUAUACUUUCAGCAUUUUAGAUAAUAAGAUAUGGUUCAGGAAUUUUCAGAUAAUAUCUGAAGAAGGUGAAUUGGCUGAAAUAGGACCAAGAUUUGUUUUGAAUCCAGUAAAAAUCUUUGCUGGAAGUUUUGGAGGUGAAACCUUGUGGGACAAUCCAAAUUACAUUUCUCCUGCUAAGUAUCGACAAAUAUUGGCUAAAAAAGCUGCUCUGCUAAAACGCAAACAUUGAUUGGGAUAAAAAUGGAUUCAAUACUAUUCAAUCUCCUUUAUUCACAUCCAAUCCAGUGAUUGAAUAUAGGUAUUAGAAAUAGAAUUCAAAGAAGUUUUGUUUUAACUGAAUCAAUUGAUGAUGUUGAAAGUUAGCAUUGAACAUAAUCUUUUUGAAUUAACUUUAAUACUUUUUAUUUCUUGAUUCAUAUAAUUUAUAAUUACAUUAAAUGUGUUUUAAUACGUUUUAAUUGACUAAUAGUAUUGAUACUUUUAUUCAACUUAAUAAAGAAAAUUAGCAUAAGUAUUUUAAUUUGUACUUAUUCUAAUAAUUACUUAAUUGUAUCCAGCAUCAGAUUUAUCUAGAAUUUAUUAAUCCGUUAAAAUUUA